AUGGGCUCGUUUAUGGAGGACCUCUGGUCUAGCAUCUUUACCCCGGGUCCCACCCCCUCCCUCCUCAUCGCGACCAACGUCACCUUCGCUGCCCUCCAGGCUCUCCUGUUCGCCCUCCUCCUCGCCACGUAUAGCAUCCACUUUUUCGUCCUGUCUGUCUUGUCUGGCGCCCUAUGGUGGUCCAUCAACUGGUUCGCUCAGGAGCUUAGGCAGGUGCAAGCUGAGGAGGCGGAGAAAAAGCAACAAUCGGAAGAGCCUGCAGAGAGCCAAGCCAAGUCAGACGGCAGUCGGAAAACCCCGGCGACUCUCGACAGUGCCGGGAGCGAUACGGAAACAGAACUUUUAACGGAGCACAAGGGUGCUGCUGCCACCGCUUCCGCUCCUCGGUCUCUUGCUGCUUCGGCAACACUUCGGCCACCGGAGGAACAAGGCGAAGUUCGGAAGCGCCUGAGCGUCAGCGGUGAGAGCUCCGGUUACCAAAGCACCGAUAGCGAGUGGGAGAAGGUAGAUGACGGUAAGGCGGCCUAG